CUUGUUGCAGGAGGAAAUGAGACUCGAAUCGCUCUCUUUGACGGCCACAUGUUUUCUUUUCGUUCAGAUGGUGAGAGUGUCAGGGCACGGUCGCCUGAUGGACCCUCCCGCUCGAAACAGCAUGUGGAGAUUCGGCUUCCCCAACCCCGUCAACUACAACGAUAACGAACUCUUCUGUGGAGGCUACGCAGUGCAGUACGAACAGAACGAUGGAAGGUGUGGGGUGUGUGGCGACUCCUUCGGGAUCCAGGACCCUCGACCUCACGAGGCUGGUGGGCAGUACGCCAAGGGGAUCAUCGGCAGGCACUACAGCGCCGGUCAGGAGAUAGACGUGGAGGUCGAGUUGACAGCCAAUCAUUGGGGGAGGUUCGAGAUGUUCCUCUGCCCCAACAACAACCCCAGAUAUGAAGCCACCCAGUCAUGCUUCGACAGGUUCCCCCUGUACGUGUCAGGGACGAGGGAGGUGAGGUUCCUGAUCCCGGAGAACACCAAGAAGAAGGAGAUCUUCAAGUACAAAGUGCGACUGCCUCCCUACAUAACCUGCUCUCAGUGCGUACUGCAGUGGACCUACUACACAGGUAACAUGUGGGGUCGGUGCGCCAACGGGACUGAGGCGGUGGGAUGUGGCCGACCCGAGACCUUCAGGAACUGCGCGGAUAUCAGCAUCGUCACCAGCACGCUGGGGCUGCCUCCGCAGUUCGUCAGCAGUCAGCCGGACAACCCCUUCCUGCUGAGACUCAUGAGUCGUGCGCCUCAGCUACCUUUCCCUGCAGUCAUCAGGGAGACGGUAUGCGUUGCUACGCCCCUGUUCAGGCGACUUCCCGGCAUCUCCGACUGGUGCCAGACCAACUGUCUCAACUACCCCCAGAACUGCCCCUCUCACAUGUGCUACUGUCCCGAUACCUGCGACGCGAUUGGAGAGAUCGCCGGAAGGGCAGGAGCUGACGCCUAUUGCCAGGACCAGUGUAUCGUCUAUCCUUCGAGGUGUCCUGCAGAUCGCUGCCGCUGCUACAAGUCUCUGGAGUUCAGCAAGUAAAGAAGGACACCCCAAGGAAACCUUUCAUUCUGGGGUCCAAGCUGACAAUCUAUCGAAGUCCCUUUCAAAACUAGUAUGCGAAUAGUUUUUGGAAAGGACUUGGACUCUAGUAUACAAAAGAUUUCAAGCGAAAUGUGAAGAGUGGUUCUCGUUUUUCUUGGCUUGGAUCCUGAGAUUGAAGAUUCUAUUUAAAAUCCAUACUGACUUGAUUAGUUGCUCAAAUUGAAAAGACAUUAAGACUAAUUUAAUUUUAGGAAUAUUAAAACCCUAAUUGUUCAAAACAAAAUUAUUUAAAAUUUUCCGUUUUCAAAUCAUUGUACUUAACAGAUUAUUGAGGUUAGGCCUGUGCUAAGCACACUCAUAGAUUAUACUGAUAUAAUGAUGUGAUACGUGCUUUAGCGAUAAUGGAGUACAUUUUAAUAAGUAAUUUUGUAUUGUGAAUAUGAAUAAGUAGGAUAUAUAAUUAAUGAAUUUUAAUGACAAUGGUAUUCUUCUUUUACAUUUAAAUGACUUGUGAUUGAUGUUACAAAAUUGUGCUUACCAAUAAAAGUCUAUAAUUCUAAGUGUA